UGCCAUUAAUUAUACAUAGUUUUGGAAUAUAAUUAUUUUCACGUAUAACAUAGGAAGUCAAGUGAAAUUUGAUUAUACGGUGGCUUGACUCUUUAGUUAUCAGGAACACUACGGAUAGCAUGAUAGCGUACUAUCAGAAGUGUUACUUAACGAUGUCAUGUUCGUGGUGGUAUUGUUGCCAUUCCUGACGAGACCAUGGACCCAGCAGUUGCAAUAGAACAAGCAGCUCUGCUAAAACAGAAGGCAAUGAAGGAAGCUAUAUCAAAAGGUGACUCCGACAUACAACAGUUUUACGCAAACCGCAUCUUACUCAUUACUGGAGGAACAGGAUUUUUGGGGAAACAUCUUAUUGAGAAGCUACUAAGAUCGUGCGACAUUAAAAAAAUAUAUUUAUUGUUGCGAACUAAAAAGAACAAAUGUGCGGAGACACGAAUUCAUGAAGUUUUACAGGAUCCGGUAUUUGAUAGUCUUAGAAAUCAGAGACUAAAUUUUGCCAAAAAGUUAACGGCUGUGGUAGGCGACGUCAAUGAACUUGGUCUUGGACUUGGCGAUGAAGAUAGGAAAAAAAUUGCAACUGAAGUAGAAAUCAUAGUUCAUGCAGCCGCUACUACAAGGUUCGACGAUACUUUGAAAAACGCAACAAUUACUAAUGUAAGGGGAACGAGAGAGAUUCUGACCUUGGCUAAAAAUUGUAAGAAACUCAGAUCCUUCGUUUACAUAUCGACUGCCUACAGUUUAGCUACAAAGGAUAAUAUGAAAACUGAUAUUUUAGAAAAAUUCUACCCAAGCCCCAUAGAGCCUGAGAAAUUGAUUGAUAUCGCUGAGAAUUUCAACGACAAAGCAUUGGAAGAUGUUUGCUUAAGAUUGAGAAAACAAUGGCCGAAUACAUACACGUUUACGAAAAUUGUAACUGAGGAAUUAAUUCGUCUUAAUACAGACGAUUUGCCAAUCUGUAUCGUUAGACCGACAAUUGUAAUCGGGUCGUACAGUGAACCGUCACCGGGAUGGUUGGACAAGAGUAACGUAUUUGGGGCUAGUGGGAUACUUCUUGGCCUUGGAUUGGGAAUCAUCCACGUGGUUCUUGCUGAUCCCGAUAUCAAAAUAGACUUGAUACCGGUCGAUAUGGUAACAAAUACAAUCAUAGUUACCGGAUGGCAGACAUCAGACAAAUGGUCAUUAGGAGGGAAAGAUACAAUGAUCUAUACUGUUAGUAAUUCUAGAAAUCCAUGUCUUUGGGGAAUUUUAAAUUCUUACAUGAAAAACGACUUGAGAAGUAUAAUAUCACCUAAAGCAGUUUGGUAUUGCACUGCGGUGGAAACAAAAUACGUUCAAGUGGCAUAUCUACUUACGUGGUUGUUUCAUUUUAUACCAGCAUAUUUUGUAGAUGGAAUACUAUCAAUAAUAGGAAAAGAGCCAAUAUUAAACAAAGUCUACAAUAAAGCCUGGAGAAUUACGUCCGUUCUAUCACAUUUUACUACCAAUGAAUGGAUUUUCACAGAUACUAACACCAUACAAUUAUAUAAGAGUUUAACCAAAACCGAUCAAGAUAUUUUUGCUUUCGACUCUAAAGUUAUUAAUUGGAAAGAAAUGUUACUAAUAUGGGGUGUGGGAUUAAGAAAGUACAUAUUGAAAGAUGGUCUUAAAGAUACAAAUUUGAGUAUGAAGAAACAGUUUUGGUUAAAGAUUGUAAAUUACAUUGUAGUAGCGAUUUAUAUGUUUAUGUGGUGGUAUAUAUUUUUAUGUAUAUACUGGAUUUUAAAGUUUGAUUUCUAAAAUUGUGUGCACUGAAGUAAUUUGUUAAAAAGGCAUAUGCAUGCGUAGAUACCUUACUACCUCAGCCGCUUAAUCGCUUACCUUUUAAGCUGUUUAAAUUGUAGGUUGAGAAGGGACAGUAAAAUUACAGGAUAGGAGAUACUUUUUUUCGAACUGUUUUAAUGCUGAAAACUGAUAUGAAACUAUAACUCUAUAGUUUCAUAUCAGUUUUCAGCUACGAGGCAUGACAACAGUCACAUUGUUUGCCAUUUUAAUUCUUACAAAUAUAAAUGCCUGUAUUAAACUAUACAAUUCUUGGGACCUGAUUUGUAAACAUAUAUUUCUAAAAUACGAAUGUUAUUACAUAGGUAUAUAUUAUUAAUUGUAUAUGUAUUAGUAAAUUUUAUUAGAUAUAUAUAUAAAUUAUUGUACAAUCUAGCAUUAUUCGCGUUUUAUUAAAUUGUUAGAAAUAUAAAUAAGUACCUAUUUGUUAUCAAAAGACAUGGUCGAAGGCCGUGGCGAAUAGAACUUUCUAAUAGGCGAAAUGCGUGAAUUUCGACGAUUAGGUAUAUUUUAAUCACAUCAAAGUGGAGGCUUUGAAAGACGUGUUAAUCCUACGGUCCACAUUAACUCUGUUUUGUAAUGUGUAAAUUGUUGUUUGUAUUUUUUUGUAAUUAUCGUUGUGUCAAGACAAGUCAAUAAAAUUCUAUUCUACAUUAAAGCCAAUGGCUUUGCGGCGAGCCAUUGCAUCCAUGCAUUUUCCACCGCAUAUAGGUAUCACGGAGUGUACUGAGGAAUUGUUCGAAUUAAUACCAGCUAUUGAAUUUCACAAUCGCUAUAGCACUACCCGCCAGAAACUAAAAUAGCAUCGUGCUCGUAAAAAGCGGUCCUCCAACGUGCGUUUUUCCAGAAACAUUGUGGAAUCACCUUCCAGAAAUGGUAUUUCCGAACCGAUGCGAUACAGAAACCUUCAAGAAAAGAGCUUAUUUUUUUAUUAAAAGACUGGCAAUGAACUUGCAAUACCCGGAUGCUCAUGGG